AUUCCGCAUUACCGUCCAUCACGUAAUAAGGUCCUCUUUGGGAAAAUCGGGCCUUAUCUUCGAUUAUUGCGGGGUACUAUAUAAAAGAAAUAAAUACCUCAACUACGCAAUUUACAUUAGGAAAAAAAAACUAAAAAUCCGUUCCAAUUUGUUAAAAUGGCAGCAGCAGUGCCUUUUUUCGCAUCAUUCACUCGCUCCUCGAUCUCUACUCUCCCUCUAUCACCAAAACUAUGUUCCCACGUUAAAUCCCAUUUGCAGGACGGCCUUCGCUUUUCUCCCCUGACGACUCCUCUGAAACUUCGUGGCAUAAGCUCGAGAGGUUUCCGUAAUAGAGUUGUCUGUUACAAGGACAACACGCCUGAUGAUAAUGUCAAAAAUGAUAAAUUAUUAAAUUGGAGAAUACUAAAUCGCUGGGACGUGCCUUGGAAUUGGCAAACAAUCUCUCUGACCUCACUUGCAUGUGGAUUGAGUAUUUUAGACAGUUUUACUUUGACAGGACUAAUUGAGGCCGCAGCUUUGCAGUACUUGGGAAUUAAAAUUACAGAGUUAAGUUUGGAUGAGAAGGCAGAAAUCUUACUUCUAGAUCAAGGCAUUGCCACGACAGUCGUUCUUGCUGUGCUGUACAGCCUGACAAAAUCGUUCUCUCCCCUUCCUGAUGACAUAUACAGAUAUGACUGGAGGAACCCUUUUGAUCUCAAGAAAGGUUGGUUGCUAUAUGCUGGAGCUGGUCUUGGUGGAGCUCUAGCUGCCAUAGCCAUUACAGGGGCUGCAAUGGCAUUUUUCAAUGGUGAGACCCCACAGAGAGAGACCGAUGCUCUCGUGCUCUUGCUCCCGUUGAUUGGAUCAUCAACUGUCAGCACUGCCUGCUUGGUGGGCAUCACAGGUGUUCUUGCUCCGAUUCUCGAGGAGACAGUCUUUAGAGGGUUUUUAAUGGUCUCUCUUACCAAAUGGUUGCCCACACCAUUUGCUGUGCUUAUAAGUGCUGCAGUAUUUGCAGGAGCACAUUUCACUCCUGGAGAAUUUCCGCAGCUCUUUGUUCUUGGAACCGCUUUGGGGUUUUCUUACGCUCAAACACGCAACCUUCUGACACCAAUCACGAUUCAUGCAUUUUGGAACUCUGGAGUUAUCUUGCUUCUAACUUUCCUGCAGCUUCAAGGAUACAAUAUCAAGGAAUUGAUACAGGCAUUUUGAUUCAGAUGAGUCAGCAACCUAUUUGAACCAGCGUUUUUGUAGGUGAUCAGAUUCACAGCACAAGGACAACGUUGGAGGAUCCGAUUUAUUGGGGGAAAAAAAAUGGAAAUGUAAAAUUGGAAAUACAUGAUUCGGAAAAACAUUAACUUGAUCAAAGAAAGAAGGAAUCAAGUUCACCAAGCUUGUUCUAGAUCCUUGUACUCUGGGAUUCAAAUUAGUAGUUUCUCACCUUUUUGCAGAAGAUGACACUAUUUUAUUCUGUAAAGCUGGUGAAUACCAUGCUCAUCUCAUUCUGCAUAUUCUUAACUGUUAUGGUGUUGAUUCAGGCAGUGCAUCAAUUUGAACAAAUCUUUUGUGUUAUUUUCUUUGAACACCCCUCAUAGUUCCAAAGUGAGAAUCUGUAAUUUGUUGAAUGGCAUCCUUUGUGUAAGAUCUACCAAAAAUUUAGGGCUCCCCUUAGGUAUUGGUAGAUCUAAGAGAGCUACUUUUAAAUAUGUGAUUGAGUGUGUGAUUAAUAGAUUG